GAUGUGCAUUGUUCUUGUGGCAUCUUUGAGUUCUGCGGAAUUCCAUGUCGGCAUAUAUUCUGUAUAUUGAAAGCAGAAAAUCAAAUACAAAUUCCAAAGUCACUCAUUUUGAAGCGUUGGACUAAAGAUGCAAAAGAGUUCGAUCCCUCGAGUAUGGGAAGCUUUCCUACCCAGCAAAAUAUUAGCAGGUUUGGAUUCUUGGUUGGUCAAUGUAGUAGAAUGUGCCAUUAUGAUGUGAGUUAGGAUGAAGCAUUUUAUACUGCCAAAGGGUUGAUUGAAGACUUGACCUUGCGAGUGAAGACAAUAAGUG